GUUUGAAGCCGAUAGGGGAGAAUGAGGAAAUUUAGAGGCUACUGGUGAUCGAGGCAGUCGAGCAGAGGGAGAUAUGACUGUGACCGAAAUCUUGCUGUAUUCCACGUUGGCAGCAGUCUUAACGCUCCCAGUUUUUGGAAAGCUAUCUUCACCUCAGAAUGUGAAAAUGCAUUCCAUCAAUUUUAAGAAUGUACUCAAAUGGAGCCCAGUUACUUAUCGCAAAGGAAACGUUCAUUAUUCAGUGGAAUAUCAAACCUACUAUGACAAUAAUUAUAAUCAAAAGCAUUUUGAAAAAGGCUGUACAAACAUCAGCGUCACAGAAUGUGACUUGUCUAAUGAACUGGCUUUCGGAGCUGGCUAUUACCUGCGUGUAAGAGCUGAAUACAAAGAUGAGACAUCUGACUGGACCAGUGCCAUAGAGUUUGAACCUUCUCAUGACACUGUAAUUGGAGCUCCUUUGGCAGUGAUUGUGAAGCCAAGAUUGGAUAUGCUCGACGUCCACAUCUCUGAACCUGUCAAUGAAAAUAACAAUAAAUCUAUGCAUGAAUAUUUUCUGGACUUGGGUUAUAAUGUUUCUUACUGGGAAGAUACAGAAGAAAGAAAGAUUGAAAGUACUUACAUCCAGCAGAAGACGAUAACCCUCACCAACCUGAAACCUUGGACCACCUACUGUUUGGAAGUUAAACCCUUUAUGAAUAACAGAAGCACUCAAUCAAGUUCAGUUACCUGUGAAACUACAAAGGAUGACGGUAGAGUUGCAGAUUGGAAGAUCGUUGUGGUUUUUCUUGCAUCGUUGUGUGUUGUCUUUCUUGUGAUCGUCGGUAUUUUCUAUGCAUCACUUCAUGGAUACAGGAUAAUCAGAUAUAUUUUCUUUCCUUCGUACAAACUUCCUGAACACAUAAAACAGUUCCUGAAAGAACCUUGGCUGAAUUCUCCAUUUCUGCCACCUCAGACUAACAAUCUGCCUGAAGAACCUUUUGACAAAUUAAUUUUUCUUUCUAAUGUACAAGAAUGCCUUGACAAUACAGAUAUUGACAUUCCUGCAGAACUGGAUAUGCUUCAGGUGCACACCUUAAAGAAAGAAAAUGAAGAUGAAGAAAAACAGGCACAAUAUAGUAACACCAAUUUUUAUGCAAGAACGCAAACACUACCAAAGAGUUCUGUUAUCAAUAGAAACAUGGAAGCUAAAGGACCAAUGUUAAAGCACUCAAGAGCUCCCGAAGCCAGUUCAUCUUGUACAUUAGGGGGAACGAGCGCAGGAGGUGGCAGCCUUGACGUGCUUGUGAUUUCCAGCACUAACAACGGCCCAAUACUUGAAGCCCCACCACACUUGACUGCGGUGAUCUCUGAAGUGCUUGGAGAAAUAAAGCCUCCAACAAACAUACGGAUUCAGGCUUUUAAUAUGAAGUAUGUUCUUAAGUGGGAUGAUGCCGAGAACAGUAAUUACACUGUGAAUUAUACUGUAAAUUAUAAAAGUAGCGUCAGUGGCUGGAGGAAGGUGAAAGGAUGUGAAAAUAUCAUCCGUAGAGAGUGUGAUUUCAGUUCACUAGACAUUAUAUUUUCUGGAGAAUACUUCCUACGGCUGCAAGCCCGUCAUGGGAAUCAGACGACAGCCUGGUUGUCCACAGAUUCAUUUAUUCCUGACAAGAACAAUGUAAUUGGUCCUCCUUCAGUACAUGUGGAAUCAGGCAAGCAAUCACUUACUAUUGAAAUUUCCGAGAUGCUGAUGUCAAAUAACGCAUCUAUACGAACAUUCUAUAAAGAUAUACAGUACAGGGUGACCUACUGGAAAGAAAACUCUUAUGAAAAUGCACAUGAUAAAAAUAGCACAGAGAGAGUUAUAGUCUUGACGCUUGAACCUUGGACCACGUACUGUCUGCACGUUUUGGCUUUCAGCUCUGUUUUCAGCAGCGUAGGACUGAAUAGUUCAGUUGUGUGCAAGAGGACUGGCGGUGAUACUCCCAAGUGGCUGAUUGGUAUAUGCUUCCUCGUUUCGCUAGUGGUGUUUUUCAUUGGAGCAGUAGGAUGUAUCUUGUGUGUAUAUUACAUGUACAGAUGUACAAAGUACGCCUUGUUUCCCCCACACACCCUGCCAGAACAUUUACAAGAGUGUUUCAGUGAAUCGUCUCAAAGAGCUCCAUUCCACGUGCUGACAUCAGUGGAAGAUUCUGAGGAAUGUUGUGAUCCGCUCAUUGUCAUUACUGAAAACAACAACUUGAGCUCCUGGUCGAGUUCCUUUAUUUCAAAAACUGAAAAUGAACAGCAAAAUCAAAGUAGUCAAACCAGUGCAGAUUCUGGACGAUUUUCAAAUGCAGAAAGUUCCAGGAAUGAAGAUUUUAAUGAAAGGACAUUCACAGAACUUGAUUUACAAACAUAGACUUUGUUGUAUUAAACUGAAACUUUUCCAUUUGAGUGUCCCAUCUUUGAUUUUUAAGUAUUUCCUCAAACUGCUAUGUACCACUGGGUGGGUUUGCAUGUAUGUAUGAGGUAAGUGCUACUAUUAAGUUUAUUUAAUUUCAGUUGCGUCUAAAUUUUAAUGCAAAUUUGUUUUAGACCUUGUCUCUCCUGCUCAGUUCUGUGAACUGAGAUACCAAUGUAGAUUGAAAUCACUUAGAAUUUCUAAGACCAUAUGACAUAAGAGCAGAUUUGGGCCAUUUUGCUCAUUGAGUCUACUCCAGCAUUUGAUCAUCUCUGAUUUAUUAUCCUUCUCAACCCCAUUCUCCCAUCUUUUCCAUAAAACCUUUGACACCCUUAUUAAUCAAGAGCCUAUCAACCUUUGCUUUAAACAUACCCAGUGACCCUGUCUCCGCAACCACUUGUGACAAUGAAUUUCACAGAUUCACCACCAUCUGGCUGAAGCAAUUCCUCCUCCGUUCUAAAGGGACAUCCUCCUAUUCUGAGGUUGUACCCUGUGGUCCUAGAUUCUUCCGCUGUUGGAAACAUCCUCUCCAUGUCCAUUCUAUCUAAGCCUUUCAGUAUUCAGUAGCUUUCAAUGAGAUUCCUCCCUGCCCAAUUCUUUACUCCAGCAAAUACUGGCCCAGACCAUCAAAAGCUCUUCCUCCCCCCUCCCCCAUACAUCAAUCUUUUAACUCCCAAGGUCAUUCCCAUAAACCUCCUGGAGCCUCUCCAAAGCCAGCAAUCCUUCCUUCGUUCUGGGGCUCGAAACUGCUCAUAAUACCCCAAAUGCGGUCAACCCAGUGCUUUAUAAAGCUUCUAGUUGAAUAACAGACCUUUUUCAUGGUUCAAGUAGACAUGUAGGUAAAAAUGUUUUUGCUCUAAGUAAAAUCUGUGUUUUUAUACCUUUUUUACACAGCUACUACAGUGCUACCUGCAAUCCUGUUGACAAGCUGGUAGCAUAAAUAGGGUUGUAGGGUAUGCCAUUGCAAUGCAAUAAUGCCAUGUAUUCAGUGUUAAUGUAAUUAAGAUACUAAACAUAGAUCAUAGAAAUUUACAGUGCAUUACAGGCCAUUUGGCCCACAAUGUUCUGCUAGCCAUGUAACUUUAGAGAUUGCCUAGAAUUUCACUAGCGCAUAGCCCUCUAUCUUUCUAAGCUCCAUGUACCUAACUAAGAGGCUCUUAAAAGACCCUAUUGUAUCUGCUGCUACCUUCGCCGCUGGCAGUGCAUUCCAUGCUCUCUGUGCGGAAAAGCUUGCCCCUGGCAACCCCUCCGUACCUAAUUCCAAGCACCUUAAAGACUAUGCCCCCUCAUGUUAGCCAUUUCAGCCCUGGGGAGAAAGCCUCUGACUAUCCAUACGAUAAAUGCCCCUCAUCAUCUUAUACGCCUCUAUCAGGUCACCUCUCAUCCUCCGCUGCUCCAAGGAGAAAUGGCCAAGAUAUUUUACAUCUGCAUUUCAAUUAAUUAAAGUAUUUGUCUUUAUGAUCAGAAACGCACUGCCAGUAGGGUGAUGGAAGUAGAAUUAUUUGUAGCAUUUAGCCAGGUUUGAGCAGAUCUUUUGGUGGUAGGAAUAAUUCACAGAAUCUUUUACAGAAAGGUGAAGUGGGUUAUCAGGAUUUACUAGAUAGCUCUGUUAAAGGAUUGGUAGAGUGGUUGUUAGUUGAGUGGCCUCCUGUUCUGGGUUUUUCUGUGAAUUCCGUUGCUGAUUUCCUUCUGCGCGCUGUGAUACUGAUUUGCAGAUACAGACAGGGUUGGACAAUUUAAUGACUAAAGAAUUUUAAGUCCUUGAUCUAAGGAAUAAAUAUAUUCCUGUUUAUAUUUUCAAUUUUGGAGAACUUUUGAAGAUAGCAUCUGCUAUGUUUUGAAGUUACAAAACAUUAUAACUAAUUGAAAGCAAAACCAGGAGCCAGGAGUUAAAUGUGUGUAUUUCGUUUUUACGUUGUGUAUGAUGUGGUGUUAUGACAUGCCAUUUACAUAAUUUUACAUAUAACUUGUAAUGAACAAGAAUGUGUAAUCAAAUAAUAUAUUUACAAUAUUACUCAAGUAUUACUGAAAUGUUAAAUACACACCUCUCUACUCAACGCCAAUGCCAACUCUAUAUGGAAUGCAUCUCAACUUAUAUAAUAAAGAAUAUACUAUAUACAUAAUACAACCACAAUAUACAGUAAGCACCCACAGCAUAAUAAAUUUUAAGUGCUCCCUUUCUUGGAGGGAUGUCCAUAUAGAACAAAGAUGAGGAAUUUCUUUAGCCGGAGAGAGGUGGUGAAUCUGUGGAAUUCUUUGUCACAGGCAGCUAUGGAGGUCAGGUCACAGAGUGUAUUUAAAGUGGAAGUUGGUAGAUUUUUCAUGUCCGGCAUAAAAGGUUACAGAGGUAAGGCAGGAAAAUGGAGUGGAAAGGAAAAUGGAUCGGCCAUGCUUAAAUGGUGGCACAGACUUGAUGGGCCAAGUGUCCUAAUUCUGCUCCAGUGUCUAAUAGAAUUGAUAUUGAUACAGUCAUUAGUGCAUCAGUCAAGUAAUGGGCCGAGAUGUUCUUUUCAUAGGACUCUGUAGUUGGUAGAAUUUCUUCAAGCUGCAUUUGCAGCUGCAAAUCAUGGAAUUUAUGAUCAUGUAAUUUAAGUAUGAGAUUCAUCUCUCCAUUUAAUGAGUUCUCCACACUCAAUUUUUUUCUCAUGAAGGAACAAUAAUUUUAUUUUCUAUUCUACUGAAAAUAGUCUGGAUCUAGUAGUAAUAGUUCCAUGAAAAAGGCUUUAUCUUCAAAAUUCUUGCUUAUUGCUGUUCCUGAUGCAGAUGGAUGCAAUAAUGAAGAAUAUUGUUGUUAAUGUCAUAUAUUUUUGUUACAUUUGUUUGUUUUGCACUAUAUUUGUAACGUUAUAAUGCAGAGAGCAAAAAAAUACUUGAAAUUGGUAUUUUUUUUAAAAAAUGUUGUAAUGAACAAACCUGAAACAGUCUCAUUGAAAAUUAAAUAUUGUGUUUUUAUUAAUACUAACUUCAUUGAAACCUAGUUUUUUUUGGACUGAGCCUUCUGCAUAGAUCACUACUCUUGGAUUCUAUUAAAUGAUUAAUUGCAGAGUUUAACUUAUUAAUACUACAGUUUCAUGUGAUUGGAAGUCUGUCCUCUUUAAUAUGAAAUUUCCCACUUCUUAUUGAGGUGUACUUUCACAAGUACCUAUUUUUCCCAUAAAAUGACCAGAGGUUAUGGAUUUCCUGAGAUCCCAAGACUGCUACAAUUUUUUUCAAAGGGAUAGUCAAUCGCAACAUCAGUGUUAACUCUAAAGCCCUUGUGCUACAUAGUAGCUGUGGUAUCCUCAUCCCGUGGUAUCUGCCUAUGCUUUUGGGAUUUCCUAAUGUCGGGCUAUAGUCCUUGAGGUCCACAUGAUGCAUUAAGGACCAGUGUAGACCCAGACAGGUCUCUUUAUGGCACAGGCACUAACUGCACUUUCACA